UUCGACCUUCAGACCGAAUCGCCAAAACGCGAACGAGGGGAGGGAGAGAGGCACCUGCUGCGUCCCGCUGCCGAGCGUGGCACUGCCUGCUGGCCCCACUGCCGAGCGUGGCACUGCCUGCUGGCCCCACUGCCAGAGCCCAGGAUCCCAGCUCCCAUGCCUCGCUCUGCAGCUGGAGAAACAUCUGUGUGAGCUGCUGCCCGAGGAGGCCCCGUGCUGGUUGCCCAGCUGUGAGGAGAAGGCACUCUUGUGGCUGGCUUUAUGAUCGUGGCCUGGAUGGAGCCCUCCUCCACCGCCCUGGGGAAGACAAAGGAACUCAUCAGGCACGGCCGGGAGAGGAUAGGACAAACCAUCAAGGCCUCCGGCUCCAGGCUCUGCUCAUAUGCUGAACGAGUUGCUUUUUUAAUGGAUCGCUCCCGGAGCCCAGAUAAAAACACCCAGCCUUCAACACCAACUGACAACAUCAACCUUGGACCUUCUGCAAACCCAAAUGCCAAGCCAACAGACUUUGACUUUCUGAAGGUUAUUGGCAAAGGAAGCUUUGGAAAGGUCCUCCUGGCCAAGCGCAAGUGCGAUGGGACUUUUUAUGCAGUCAAAGUCCUGCACAAGAAAACCAUCCUGAAGAAAAAGGAGCAAAACCACAUCAUGGCAGAACGCAAUGUGCUGCUGAAAAAUGUCAAGCACCCCUUCCUAGUGGGGCUCCAUUACUCCUUCCAGACCUCAGAGAAGCUUUACUUUGUGCUUGACUAUGUGAAUGGUGGAGAGCUCUUCUUCCACUUGCAAAGGGAGCGCUGUUUCCGUGAGCCCCGGGCCCGCUUCUAUGCUGCAGAAGUCGCCAGUGCCAUUGGGUACCUGCAUUCCCUAAACAUCAUUUACAGGGACUUAAAACCUGAGAACAUUCUCCUGGACUGCCAGGGACACAUAGUACUGACAGACUUUGGACUCUGCAAAGAAGGAAUGGAGCAAGAGGAGACAACAACUACCUUUUGUGGCACUCCUGAGUACUUGGCUCCUGAGGUGCUAAAGAAGCAGCCCUAUGACAGGACAGUAGACUGGUGGUGCCUAGGAGCUGUCCUCUAUGAGAUGCUGUUUGGCCUGCCUCCUUUUUACAGCCGGGAUGUCUCUCAGAUGUAUGACAACAUUCUGCACAAGCAACUCCAGAUCCAAGGGUGCAAGACUGUGGCAGCUUGUGACAUCCUCCAAGGACUUCUCCACAAGGACCAGAAGAGGAGGCUGGGUGCCAAGACAGACUUUCUUGAGAUAAAGAAUCAUGUGUUCUUCAGCCCAAUAAACUGGGAUGACUUGUACCACAAGAGGAUUACUCCUCCAUUCAACCCCAAUGUGGCUGGUCCAGCUGAUCUGCGACACUUUGAUCCAGAGUUCACCCAAGAAGCAAUCUCUGCCUCCAUCACUCACACACCUGACCUAGCAGCCAGCAGCUCCAGUGCCUCAGAUGCAUUUUUAGGCUUUUCUUAUGCACCAACUGAAGAAGACAUCUAGGUUUUACAAUGGCUUUGAGAAGCCAAUUUUUAACUGAAUAGGUUUUAUGUUGGUUG